UACACGUUUCUCAGGUAAAUUCAAUUUCUCGUUUCACAUCUCAUUUGUUCUUUUUUUCCACGCCUUUUUCUAACUCCGGCAACUAUCACCGCCGUUAACAACCACUUCCGCCGCCGAGCUCCGCCGCGCGCCGCCGUUAUUAAUUCUAUCAAUAGCUAUCAACUUUUAUUGCAGCUCAAGCAUCGUUGACUUACUUAUAUUCCCUGUUUGGUUGCUAAAAAAAGAGGAAUCAAGAAACUGCAUUUUAGGUGUUUCUUCCUCGUUUAUCAUAACGUUAAUUGGAUCAGUGCCUGCAGGGAUCCCCUGCGUAGGUCUUUGUUCCUAGACAGCUGGAGCAGGAUUAGUUUUUUUACAAGCUGUUUGAGAUCUUGAUUUGUUAUUAUCUUGUUUAUGAGAGGAAAUAUAUUGGGCUAAUACUUGGGUGAAGGGAGUUGGAGGGAUGCAAAUUUUUAGAGACCUCAAUAGAUGUCUGUUAUAUUACGGCGCCUUCGAUGGAUGAUAGCUGGUCUAAAUAAAGGAACACCAGUGACCCCUAAGAGGCUGCACAGUGCUGAUGUGCAGCCUGCGCCUUUUUCACCACUAACACAGCAGCAGCAAUUGCAACUACUCAAGUCCUAUUACGAGUCAAAGUCUGAGAAAAGAAAGCCUACACAACCAAUGUUGGAGGCUGUGCAUGAGAUUUCCAUCUACAUUCACCGGUUUCACAAUCUUGAUUUGUUCCAGCAAGGAUGGUACCAGAUUAAGAUUACAAUGAGAUGGGAAGAUGGUGAUAAUGGGUUAUUAGGAACUCCAUCCAGAGUCGUUCAGUAUGAAGCUCCUGAUUUGGGUUCCGAAGAUGUAUAUGGAGUAUGGAGGAUUGAUGAUACAGAUCAUAGUUUCUCCACACAGCCUUUUCGAAUCAAAUAUGCAAGGCAGGAUAUUCUUCUCUCCAUGAUGGUCUCCUUCAACUUGUCUCUCAACAAACGUGAGGACCCAUCGACAUCUGGUGUCAUUCUGAAAUUUGAGCUUUUCUAUGCACCUAUAAUGGAGAACGGGAUUAGUCUGCAGUCUUCCCUGGAUGCUUCUCCUGCUGCAGUCCAUGAAUUUCGUCUUCCAUCCAAAGCUCUUCUAGGGUUACACUCUUAUUGUCCUGUACAUUUUGAUGUUUUUCAUGCAGUACUGGUCGAUGUGAGUGUGCACAUCAGCCUUUUGAAAGGUGAUGUUUACACCUCCUCACAGAAGGUAUCAAGCGAGCCUCGUGUGGAUGAAGAUUAUGAUAAUGAAGAUUAUGAUCAGGCAAAACAAGAAAUGCUUAUUAAAGCCCUGUCAAGUGCACGUGACAUACUUAUUGAGGAGCUACAAAAAAUUAGCAAGGCUAUAAAUCAGUCUAUUGAUUUUACUGAUUUUACUUCCAAGUUCGGUGAUAAACAAGGAUCCCAAUUUCCUCUAAGUGCAGACACAGACUUGAAGAACGACAAGGGUGCAAGAGAAGUGCCCACCAAGAUACCGAAUGGCACCAAGAAACGAGAAGAUGGAGUUCUCCUGUUUCAGUCUAAGGAUGAAUUACUCCAAUUGUAUCAUUCCCUUGGCGACCAAGUCUUUUACUUGUGGAGUAUGUUUAUGAGGUUUCACAGGACUCAUAAGACAUCAAUUAUGGAUUUUCUGCGCGAGCAAUGGGCUAUUGAUCGAAGAGCUGAAUGGUCAAUAUGGAUGGUUCAUUCUAAAGUUGAGAUGCCUCACCAAUACAUAAAUAGUGACAUUGAUAGCUCUUCUUACCAUGGUUCCCGUGGGAGAGCACCUGUUCUGCGGAAGAUAUCAGAAGAUCCUGCUCAGACUGCAGCUAUGCGAGCUGAGCUUCAUAGGAGAAGUAUUGCACAAAUGAGGAUCAACAGUCGAUCUAUCCAAGACAUGCAUAUAUUUGGAGAUCCAUCGCGCAUCCCAAUUGUAAUUGUAGAGCGUGUUGUUAAUGCACCUUUGCGGUCAACUAGUGGAAAUUCAUACUUCAUACACCGGGAGUCAAAAAACGCAAAUAACUUGCUAGUUGAGACACAUUCUAAAGGCACAAAAAAGAUUCAUGGCGAAAGCCCUGGUCAAAAUGGUCGUGUUUUGAAGAUUGUGGUUUUCGUCCAUGGAUUCCAGGGACAUCAUUUAGACUUGCGCCUUGUUCGGAACCAGUGGCUGUUAAUAGACCCCAAGGUAGAGUUUCUUAUGUCAGAAGUUAAUGAAGAAAAAACGUCAGGAGACUUUAGAGAAAUGGGCUUAAGGCUGGCACAAGAAGUAACUUCUUUCAUAAAAAAGAAGAUGGACAAAGCCUCAAGAUCUGGAAAUUUGAAGAGUAUUAAGCUAAGCUUUGUUGGACACUCCAUUGGGAACAUCAUAUUAAGAACAGCUUUAACAGAGAGCAUCAUGGAACCAUAUCUCAGAUUCCUUCACACGUAUGUCUCUGUAUCUGGUCCACAUCUAGGUUACCUGUACAGUUCAAAUUCUUUGUUCAAUUCUGGGUUGUGGCUCUUGAAGAAGCUCAAGGGCACCCCGUGCAUACAUCAGCUUACAUUUACAGAUGAUCCUGAUAUUCGGAACACGUUCUUGUACAACCUUUGCAAGCAAAAGACCUUGGAGAAUUUCCGGAAUAUUAUUUUAUUAUCUUCUCCUCAGGAUGGUUAUGUACCAUAUCAUUCUGCAAGAAUCGAGAUGUGUCAAGCAUCUUCAGGGGACAACUCAAAAAAGGGAAAAGUAUUUCUGGAGAUGCUGAAUGAUUGCUUGGACCAGAUACGUGCUCAGUCAUCUGAGCAUCGAGUGUUCAUGAGGUGCGAUGUCAACUUUGAUACAACAUUGCAAGGAAGGAACUUGAAUACCAUAAUCGGAAGGGCUGCUCAUAUAGAGUUCUUGGAGUCGGACAUUUUUGCCAAGUUCAUAAUGUGGUCAUUCCCUGAUCUGUUUACAUGACUUGUGGGCUGGCCAAUUUCUUCAUCACAUCUGGAAACUACUCCUAUAUCCUGGAGCCUGCCUACUGUGCCACCCAAGCCUCAACUUUUGCGCAUAAAACGGCUAAACUGUUCUAGGAUGUCAGGGCCUCGGAACAUUCCCUGACAAUGAAUAUGCCUGCUGUGGUAAGUCAUUUGCUGCAAGAUGAUUUUGGUGAAGCUGCUCAGUUUAGCUGCGUUAUACCAGUUACAAUGAUGGCAAAUGCAGGAAAGCGUGACGACUAAUCUGCGUUUAGUGGAGAUGACAUGACAAUAUUUUUGGAGUUGGAACUCCUAGUAUCAUCAAUAUGUUGUGCAGUAAUAGAAUCAUCGAGUAGUAUCAUGAAAGACCAAUUGUAGCUAGACAAGUUAUAUUUAAUAUGAUCAGAUAAUAUUCCUAUCAA